GAGGCGGUGCUUCACAAAGCAAACUGUUUGUCAAACUGUUGAUCUGCCUCAUGGCUGUUUUAGAAGAUAUGGUGACUGAGUUUUAGAGAGUACUACCCAGCUCAUCUCCUUUCCACAGUUUUUUUCCCACUUAGUUCCACUACUGCAGUGGAUUUUAUAGUCAAUGUUUAAAGCCAGCACAGAGUCUGAAGCGAUGGAGGAAAUUUACGUCAAUAUGGAACCUGAUGGACAAACCGCAUCUAGUCACACAGGAAAGAGGAGGAAACCUGGACCUGAGUCAGAGGAGCAGCAGGAGUCUCCAUCCGAGUUAAAGAAGAAGACUGAGAGUGAUGAUGAUGAUGAUGAUGUUAAAACUGGGUUUGAAUCUGAUUCAGAUUCUUCAGGUGAUGAAACUCGAGCUGACGAUCCAGGAAGUUCUCAGUCUGAGAAGAAGGUUCCUGAUUGGAGACAGAGCAUCAAGCUGCUGAAGGAAAGUGGAGACACCAAUGGAAAACCUGUAGCUGGAAAGGUUAUGCAGAAAUGUGCUCUGUGUACGUAUGAAACCAAAAAGAAGCAGGAGAAGAAGUUCUUCCAUCUGGCAGUCGCUGACGAGACCGAUUGCAUUAAAGUCAUGGUAUAUGGAGAAGAACUAUUUAAUGAAGUUGAAAAGGGACGACUUUACCUUUUCAUUAAUGUGGAAGUGGAUGUAGUGUAUGGUGAGAUGGUGAUGAAGGUGACCAACCAGAGCAGAAUCUCAAAGACCAACGGCAUUAAAGUUCCCAAGACUCUGGAGCUGCAGAGUCCAUUGUUUCCCAUCGAGAAGAUCCAAUCCUUUAAGGAGAAAACAGCAGCGAGUGUUGAAGGAACUGUGAUUGAGAUUAAAUGCCAGAAACUUGGUACCAAAGCAAAUGCACACGAGUUCCAACUUGAAGAUGAAACCGGUUCCAUAUGGAUCAAGCUGUGGUGCAAAGAACAGCUGAGAGGAAUGUCAGUGGGAGAUGUGGUCAGAGUGACCAACCUGCGGACAAACCUUUACAAUAAAAUGGUGUCUCUGAGCUCCACCGACUUCACCAGAAUUCAUAAGAUGAAAGCUGCUGCUGUCCAGAGUGUCACCAUGCAGAUUGUAGGGAUCAUAGAAGCGGGAAAGGAGCAGUCUGAGCUGGACGUGCUGAUCAACGACAAGUCCAGAUCCUUCUUCAUCCAUUCUUCUCUCCUGGCUAAGGUUUUUGGUGUCAGUCUGGAUGACGACUUCAAGGACAGACUUGUGAAGAAAAUCCCGUUUUCAGCCAAAGGAGAAAUAAAACAAAACAAAAUCCAGACUCUUAAAGCUGCAAGAGCCACCAAAACUUAACAGAACCAGAGCUUUUAAAGCUGAACGUGCUGUGGCCAUUUAUGAUAACACAAUUGAGUCAGAAGUGCAAGCAAAUAAACCACCUGUUACCACCC